UGACUUCGUCGAGUGGUUCGCGGCCUCGUUCAGUCCGUAAAAUCGCGUGUUUCCGAACACCCGCGUAUGUCCAUUCGACUGCGCAAUCUGGUUUCCGAAUAGUUCGUGGAGCGUCGUGAAGAAGGUUGACAUCUCGGCAAGUAGAAAUGCUAGAAACGUCAAAAAAUUCACCCACAGUGUUUUUGAGGUUAUAAUAACAAAUAUAAUCAGCAACUGUCGCGUCGCGGAGAUCGACAGGGCUGUUCACUGUACCUUCAAUUUUUCAAAACAUGUCAUUCAUGCCGCUAUGGCCUGAUUUACAACCCAGAGCUAUUGAUCCUCUGUGGUUCGACGCAGACAAACCCUGCGACGACGAGAGUGAGGUUAUUGCAUUAGAAACUGAGCAUCAAUCAUGGAUGGACAGUAUACAAGCCGAACGCUGGAAUCAGAUUCCGAUCGGAAAGUCAGCUAGUGAUUUCCGCGGAUCCGAAGGCGAAGAAGAAGAGGAGGAAGAAGAGGAGGGCGAAGGAGAAGAGGAGGAGGAGUCCGACACCCAUGAGGAGGAGGAAGAAGAACUAGACGAGAUUGACAUGGAAGUCAGCUACUCCCAUCAACAGCAGCGAGCUAGUCCUGGGCCCAGUCCUGAUAUCCAGGCACAUCCUGUUUCCAUCAGAAUGGUCAACGCACGCACCCUUCACUACACCUAGAAUCUGCCUCUGAGACAAUAAAUUAAGAUGUAAAGAAACGUUUAGCUGUACAAUUAACUGUAAGAAGGAUUAAAACGACAUUUUUGUUGCA